UAAUUAUCAGUUCCUCUGCCACCAAUGUGUACGUGAAAAAGGAAUCCAGAAGUUAAAAAUAAAAGUGUGCUGGGGGGGAUUUUAAGAAUGGUAUGCCCCUCUCUGGGUUUCCACCCCAAUGGUAUAAUCUAUAUAUAAUAUGAAGUGAUGUAGGCAGGGGUGCAAGAAGAGAUGCCGUUGCAGUGUGUGUCCCUGGGCAGGGAAGCAUGUGUUGGAGGGCUGUACUUUGAUGAUGAGGGCAGGCUGCUGUUGGGAUGAAGCAGAUGGAGCUACUGCAGCUCCCCUGCGGGUUAGAAUAUUCCCGGCCAUAAACAGCAGCAGCAGCAGCAACAGCAGCAGCAGACAGAGCUACAUUAGCACGGAGGCAUCUUCAGAGCAUCCCUGAUCCCAUCUGUGACUGCUCUACCAGGCUGCCAGGGUUUAGCAUGGAACAGUGCAGCCAUCCUUUCAGUGUGUGAGGCAGCUGGGGUUAAAUAGUGUGGAUACGUGUAGCUGAUGCCCAUACACAGACACAGAAUGGGCAGUUUAUGGAACAGCGAGCUGAAUGCCACAGGAGAAUGGGAAAAUGCUCGGCGUUCCAGAGGUGCAGGAGCCAGGGGAGGGAGCCAUGAGUCUGACUAAGGUAACGAGGAAAGAGCACAGGAGCGGCAGCUGAACCCAGAGGAGGAGGAGGAAGAGGAAGACUGGGUGGGCUGGAGGCAGGAGGGCGGAGGGUGUGCAAGCACAUAUCUCUAGGCUCUCACGCUUUGCAGACAGGUGCUGGGGGAUUGGUGCCAACCUGUGAAGAAGGAGUGGAAUUGCCUGGAUGAAAGGAGCUGGGGGUGGAGGUGGCUGGUCCCUCACUGACUGUCCAACACCAGCAGGAGAGUGACCAAGCCACAGUCAGAAGCCCCUCUGCCCCAGGGUCCACUCACCUCUUAGUGGGAUGAGGUGCCGCAACAUGAAGAAAACUCUCUUCGCUCUACUAGGGACCAGCCUGCUGCUCUUUGUCCUCACUGUCUGGCUCUCCAUAGGCGAAUCAGCACGUUACAGGCCCGGAACAGUUACACCCAGAGUCGGAUUAGUAAAACUGGAAGUGAGCUACACAGUUCCUUCACAAUCCAACUACACGACAAGCCCUGGAAUCAGCUCAUUCUGCAGGGAUGUACAAGAUCGUCUGUUGACUGUAUCAUUAAAGAAGAAGUUCUCAGAAGAUGAUUAUAUUCAGACUGUUAAUGAACUGCCGAACUGUACGUGGCUACAAAGGCCACAAGAAUAUAGCAAGUUCAGGUUGGAUUUGUCCUCGUGCUGCAACGGCCUCAAGAACUUCAUCGUUUCCCAGAACAAUACCUCAUUAGGAAGCAACAUUACAUACGAAGUGGAAAGUAAAAAGAAAAUUUUAAUAUCAGAAGAAAUUUAUAGAAUGCUUCCAAAGUCUCAGCCCUUUGUAGGAGCCCCCUUCAAGCAAUGUGCUGUGGUUGGCAAUGGUGGAAUCCUAGCAAACAGCAGCUGUGGAGCUGAGAUUGACCAGUCGGAUUUUGUAUUCAGGUGUAACCUGCCCCCUGUUUGGGGAAAUAUUAGCGUUGAUGUUGGAAAUAAAACAAAUCUUGUCACAGUUAAUCCAAGUAUUAUUUCUCGAAAAUAUAAAAAACUUAAUAAGGUGAAAAAUAUUUUUCUAAAGAAUGUUUCAAACUAUGGAUCUUCCUUUCUUCUGUUGCCCGCCUUUUCCUACAGAAGCAACACGGCCAUUUCAUUUGAAGUGCACCGUAUACUGGAAAAAAACCAGGCCAAACAAAAAGCUAUAUUCUUUCACCCAAACUAUCUCAAAAGCCUGGGACAGUUUUGGAAAGGGAGGGGUGUGAGGGCUUUUCGCCUUUCUACUGGACUCAUGAUUACCAGCGCCGCCAUAGAACUGUGCGAAGAAGUGAAAUUAUAUGGCUUCUGGCCUUUCUCCAAAAAUCUAGAUGGAAAACCAAUUAGCCAUCAUUACUACGACAACGUACUGCCAAAGCCUGGCUUUCAUGCUAUGCCCAAAGAAUUUUAUCAGGUCCUUCAACUGCAUCACAAAGGGGUCCUCAGACUUCAAAUUGGGAAGUGUGAAAAAAGAUAAAAUAGGGAUUUCAUCACUUAUUGCUAGCAAAGCCUGGGUACUUAGCGACCUCAGAUUCAAGAAGCUGUGGAUGGAGAACUUUACUUGGAUAAAUCUGAACGUUGGCUCCAGCUUGAGCAUUGAAGGUCAUGGUUAUGGUCUCCUUGGUUAUCUUCUCAACAGAGAUGAUCAAAUGAACUUUUUUUUUGCCAAAUAAAGCUUUUUAAUGAUGGAUGAUGGAAGAACAUUGACUAAAUUAUAACUAUAAGUCAGGUGACUGUUCUUGAAAGAAGGUUGAUUCAGCUUUUUUGCAAUAUCCUUUUGCGGACGGAGGAGCUAAUUUAUCACCAGUAUAACAGUAGUAUGGAUGCCAUGGUGUGCCGUGUAUAAUACACACAUGACUAGACUAUCAAUAUGAUCAGGCCUGGAUGUUCCUGGGAUCUCAGAAGCUACUUGUCACUUUAGAAUGGCAGGAUAACGCCUGUUAUUUUUCUUCGUCUUGGCCAUCGUUUCAUGUCUAAAUGUCUUGUCUAAAUGUGUGUUUUCAAUUUUUAACUUAAAAAUGUAAAACAAA